AUGCCAAGAAAGAAGUCUGCCGCUAAAAAGGCUAGAGAAGCCGCUAAAAAGGCUAGAGAAGCCGCUAAAAGAGAGCAGCUGCAAAAUCAGCCUACUACAACUGAAGAAAAAAAAACUAUUGUCCAAAAUAAACAAGUCAAGCCGGUAUCAGACUCAGAAACUGAUUCUGAUGCUGAAUCUAGUGAAAACGAAGAUGAUUUUGGUGAAUUAGUCACUGAAGAAGUCGAGGAUGGUAUCAAUAAAGUUUUAAAUGCUAUAAAGAAUAAUGAAACUGACAAAUUAUUAGAUCCAAAGAUUAAAUUCUUUCAGGAACCAGAAAAAGCAGUUGCAAACUUACAAACAUCUGACAAGCAUAAACCAAUUUAUUUGAAAGACUAUCAUAGAAUGAACCUUCUUGCUGGCAAUACCUUUGCCGAUGAUGAAGAUGAGGAUAGGAUGAAUCAUGAUGAUGAAGAUUUCACUAAAACCGUCGACGGCAAACAAUCAUUUGUUUCACAGCAAAGAGAAGAAAGACAACAAUUAUUGGCAGAAAUUAAUGAUGCCUUUAAAAAUGAUGAGACAGAAGAUAAAAAAGAAAACUCUUCUAAGGACAGUGAUGAGGACGAAGAUGACUUUUUAACAAAAAAAGAACCAAAACAGAAGACAAAAACACCUGCUUUAAAAUUGCCUGAUCCUUCUAAAGAUGAAGAAAAGUUCUUAGAAGCUUUCGUUAGCGGGCAAGCAUGGAUUCCGAAGAAAGGUGAUAAAGUCAUUCCACUAGACGGCGAGCAAGAAAAUGAUGAAGAUGAGGAGGAAUUCGAUGAUGCAGUUGAAGAAUUUGAGCAUGCAUACAACUUUCGUUAUGAAGAUCCUAAUGCUGCUGAAAUUGUAUCAUAUGCACGUAAUCAAGCUACUUUAAGAAGAUCUGCUAAUACUUCACGUAGAAAGAAGAGAGAGGAGGAAAAGCAAGAAAAAAAGAGUGAAAAUGAGAACAGAGAAAAGAAAAUUCAUAAAAAGAAAGAAGAAAAGGUACAAUACAAAUACACAGAUGUCUUAGAACAAUUAAAGAAAGAAUAUGGUGCAGAUUUAGAUGAAAAGAUGAUUAAGAAAAUCACAGAAACUUUACUAAACAGUGAUUUCUCAGCUGACUCCUGGGAUCAAGUUGUUGGCGAUAUCUUUAAUGAAGAAUUUUAUGAUAAGGAGGGGAAACCAACCUGGGAUGAUGAUGAUGAAUUAAUGGCUGAAUUUAACGCUGAGCAAGGUGCUAAUAACGAUAAAGAAGAAAAUGAUAAUAAAGAAGUAGGUGAUGCAGAAGAAGCAGGAGAUGAUGAUGAAGAAGUAGGAGAGGAUGAUGAAGAAGUAGGUAAUGAUGAUGCCAGAGAAAAACAAACCAGAAAAGGGAAAAAGAAUGAAAAGAAAUCAAAGAGAAAGGAAAAGAAGGACAUGUCUGAGAUUAUUGAAAAAACAAUACAACAGAAUAAAUUGACCAUCAUUGAAGAAGUUGAAAAAGAAGAGGAAGAACGAAAAUCUAGAUCACGUACCAGGGAUGAAGAUGGCUUGAAAUUCCGUUAUCGUGAAGUUUCUCCAGAAAGUUAUGGUCUAACUGCAAGAGAAAUUUUUGCUGCAGAUGAUGCCGACUUAAAUCAAUAUAUUGGUUUGAAAAAAUUUGCACCAUAUAGACCAAAAGAAUUAAGAGACAAGGAUAGAAGAAAGGUAACUAAAUCGAAGAGAUUAAAGGAAUGGAGAAAGUCUGUUUUCAAGAACGAGAAUGGUCUAGCAGAUACUGGUGAAAUCAGUUUCCCAAUUGAUAAUAACAAGAAACGUCAUUCUGGCCAUCAUCAUUCUAACAAAAAGCAUAGAAAUAAAAAAAGAAGGCAUGAUAAAUGUAUAUAUAAGCAUUGA